GAUAUCUGUCGUUGCAUAUUUUUAGAUAAUAUAAGCAUAUUAUAACAUUUAAGGUAAGGAACCAGUUUAAAAAAAACUGCGCUAGUGGGCUUGUAUUAUUGGGGGAGGACCAGACUGAUGAAAAGAAAAUGGCUGCCGGGUUUAACUGGUUCUUUGUGCUGAGCUCGGUGUUUCUGGUCAACCUCGUCAAAACAUUGCUGCCGUCCAUUUCUUCAUUUCUGUCCAAGAUCUUCCAGAAAGAUGCUGAUCAAGAGAUGGAGAUGAGGACGGAGAUCCAAAACAUGAAGAUGGAGCUGUCCACCAUCAGUAUGAUGGACGAGUUUGCCAGAUAUGCUAGACUGGAACGCAAGAUCAACAAGAUGACCGAUCAACUGAAGACUCUUGUCAAAUCAAGAACUUCACAGCAGGCAAAAAUGAAAUGGAUUGUAAAUAUUGUGUUUUACAUUCUUCAGGCGGCGCUCAUGGUCUCGCUCAUAUUGAAGUAUUAUGCAGACCCGGUCACAGUGGUGCCUAGUAAAUGGAUUGCUCCACUGGAGAGACUAGUAGCCUUUCCUUCUGGAAUUGCAGUCACUCCUCUAACUUUAGCAGCUCCUGAUGUGGACAGACUGCUGAAAUUGCCAAUCACUCAGACAGCAGUGGGACAAAUGCACCAAUCCCACCACAUGAUGCGCUGGGGACAGAAAUAG